CUAAAUAACCGGCUAAUGUGGAGACUGCACACGUUCUGGUUCUGUUUCUUCUCAGCUGCAACGAAUUUAAACGUAGUCAGGUCGGGAAACAUUUCAAUUAUAAUUCUAAAAGAUCUACUUAUUUGUAACCGUCUUCAAGAAAACCGUCUUAAUAAAUCCCAAGUCGAAAUAGUGGAAAAUUUCCUAGAUUUGAAAGUUUCCAAGAGAGAUCUUGAAAUUCACAUGUGGGGGAAAAUAUCGGAACUACCUGACAACACUGCUUUAGACGCAAAGUAUCUCGGGAAGGAACGCGCUGAUGGUGAAGUAAUCUCGUUUUAGCCAGGUUUAUUGGAUAUUCUUUUGGCAAUCUUACUACAACUUGAUAAUGUACAAACUGUUAAGUUUAAAUCGAUUGUGGUGACCGUGGACCGUUGAAAGUUUGAGGUUCGUACUAAACGCGACCAAAGCUCAACGCGCCCAUCAGGCCUAUAAAAACCUCCCUGUCCUUGCGCCUAAAGCCUUACGUGGCUCACUUGCGCUGGGCCAGGCUACUACGCCAGACCGGUGAGUUCCCACACAAAAUAUCGCUUGGUAGCACGGUGGGCACUCAAAGCCAACUAACCAUGUCUGUACAAAGUGUUGCUCUGGCAUCUCUCACGGCCACCUAUACCGACUCGGAGGGCGAGGACGGGGUGGAAGACGAGCGCCUACAGGAGGAGAAUUCGAACACUCCCCAGGGGGCCGCCCCGCAUAAUGCCCAAGUCGGUCGUCAGCCCCAGGCCCGAUCCAUCAGUCCCAUAUCUGGCCGUUCAGCCUCGCACAGUCCCGUCGUCGGCAAGUUCGGUAGUAGCGACUUGCCGGACGCGACCACGAAGGUGCAGCGAUUGGUCUCUUAUAUUGACGACACGGUAGUCUCCGACGACGAGGGGGCGGCCGUUGCACUGCCGGUGCCUUUGUUGACGACGGCGAGCGCGACGGUGGCGGAACGCACCGAGGAGAAUGGUCUCCCGGCCAGCACAGCUGCUACUGCUGCUGCUGCCGCCGUCACUGCUACCGCUGCCGUCGUCGCUGCCACUGCCACCGUCGCCGCCGGCGCUGAACGCCGGUCGCCCACCUCGCGUCCCGGAGAAUUGCUUUCAGAUGGCGUUGAGACCGGGGAUCUCUAUGGGGUGACGAUCCCACCGGAGCCGGCGGGUCAAUGUCCCUCCGAGCUGCAGGAGAAGAUCGCGAAGCUCUACCGGAAGAUGGAGAGUGGCGGGCUGGACAUGAAUCUGCUGAUCCAGCAGCGCAAGGAUUUUCGGAAUCCCUCGAUUUACGAAAAACUCAUUCAGUUUUGUAGCAUUAACGAGCUGGGCACCAACUAUCCGCCGGACAGAUUCGACCCGUUCAAGUGGGGCAAGGAUUCGUAUUACGAGGAGCUUGCCAAGGUGCAGAAGGCGGAGAUGGACAAGCUGGAUAAGGCGCGUAAGGAGAAGACGAAGAUUGAGAUCGUGUCGGGAACUGCGAAGCGGCCAAACAGCUCUACCAGCGGUACUGAGGACGACGCCAAGAAACGGAAAAGUAAAUGGGACCAAGUGGCGACUGGCGGCUCUGCCGCCGCAGCUGCUGUUGCAGCCGCAGCCGCUGCCGCCGCAACGGGUAAGCCCACGGUCCUUCUCACCCAACCCACCUUAACGACACUUACAUCCUCCGCCUCCGCCACUGGCACCAAACCCACCGUUAUAUCGGCCUUCGGUUCCUUGCCGAAGAAAAGAUUGUAACAUAUCGUGUAAAAGUGUAAAUAUUAAAUAUAAUGUUAAUAUUAAGGUACACACUAUUUCUUAUUAGAGAGAACUACGAGACUGCGGAAAAAAAAUUGAGGUCGAAAAAUGAAUGCGACGACCUCUUAGGAGACUUAGAUCCUUGGAUUGAUAAAAUUAUUUUUGAAACGAUGAUCUUCAUUGGAGAUGGUUUAAUCAUUUCUUUCUAGCUAAAGUCUGUAUAUAAAAAUAUAAAGCAAGAAACAGAAAAAUUUUAACGUAAUGAAGCAGAUCUAUAUAUUGUUAGAUGCUUUAACGAUUCUUCUGAACUUUUAUGGAGUCAAACAUUUGAGGAGGGAAGAAAAGAAUUUUCAAGCACAUAUAUUUCUACAGUGAAUUUGAAAGUGUAUAAAUUUAAAAUCUCGAGAGUUUAAUGAUCUGAGCAAAUUCAAAUUCAAGGAUUUAAGAAUUCGAGAAUUUAUAUACUUGCAAAGUAAACAUAUUGUAAAUAAUAUUAACCGUUAUAAACAUUAUUCUCUGUCAAAAGUUAUGAAACCUUUGACGAAAAAGAGAGAAAAAUAUUCUAGAGGUUUUUUUUAUUUUUUAGGUUUUUGUAUUUUUCAAUGUUUUUAGUUGAAUAGUUCCAAGACCUCUCCAAGACCUCUUGACAAGAUAUUUGUCAAACAAUACGAUAAGAUCGCAAUGCCAAGUACAUAAAAACGAUGUCGGUCAUACACAAGAUAUAUGUCUGUGUGUGCAGAUUUAGAAAUAAAAAUCUAUACAUACUGAGUUCUUUGAUUCUGAGCUUUAGAUAUUUAAAUCUCUAUUUAAAUCCUUGAAUCAGAGCUUGUAGAAAGUAAACAGAACUUGAAAUUUACAAAGUUGCAAGACCAAAAAGAAAAUAAUAGAUUACAAAAAAGUCCGACAGUUUUUAAAUUUAUGAGUCUGAGGAUACAAGGAUCUAAGAACGCAGGAACGUAGGUACUCGUACAUUUAAGAACAGAAGAGAUCUAACACACAAUCAUAGAUCAAAAUAUACUGUAAAUAAUUUAGAUUAAAAAUGUAACUCUCUUUAUAUAUAAGAGAUAUGAACUUACAAGGAAAAGAAAUUAGUGUCUUGUGUACAUAGGUCCUUGGAUUGCCAAAGCUUUUUGGAGUUUUGUUUUUUGAUGUUAAAUAUAUGCAGAAGAAAUAGAACUUGUAAAGAAAUCAAGAUUAUAAAAUUGUCAAUCGCAUUUUCUGGAGACUUAUCGAUCUAAAUGUCUAGAAAGAUCUAAAUAAUUCGAUUUGUGAAUGUGAGUGUGACCAAUGUAUGAUGUGCAAAUCUACAAAUUUAAUAAUCUAAAAAUUCAUAGAUUUGCAAAUCCAAGAACCUAGGUAUUAUGAAUCGAAAAGUAUGUAUGACAAAUAGAAUCGGCUAGGACUUGGAUAAUUUUAGAAUUUUAUGAUUAAGAACCGACAAAUGCACUGAUUUUGCAACCCAUAAUAGAAAUAAGUAAGAUGAUCUAAUGAAUUUUGAUAUUAAUAAAUUUAAAUAGUCACUGUUUCAAAAUAAUUGAAAAAACUUGGGAACUUGUAGAAAUUCAAGAAGUUAAAAAUUCAUUGAGCUGCAUUCAACAGAUACAUAUGUACCCAAGUAGCAUAAUACAUCCGAGAAUCACCCUAAACAUGUUGUCAUUCUAAACCAAAACGCCUAAAAAGUACCUCGGAACAUCUUUGAUCACAUUCAGAAUGAUCUCGGAACAUUUUGUGCUAUCUGAAUAUGAAGGGACUUAAAACGCUUAAGAAUUGAAUGAUAAAUACAAGAAUCUGUACAGCUACAGAAACUCAAAUUUAAAUCUCACAAGUUAAUAAUACUUGUACAAGAAAAGCAAAUGACGUUAAAUGUUGACACCGAAUGGAUGUAAAAAAUUUAUUGAUUGAAAUCUAGAAGGAAAAAUUUACUUUUUCUGCUAGAAUAAAUACAGUUUAUCUCGAUUAAAGAUAAAAACUAAAAUAAAUUUUCACAUCUUAUUUUUCUAAGUUUCAUGUUUCUAAUAUGCAAUCGUAUACUUUUUCAAAUCAGCAUAAAAGAAAUCAAUUACAAUACAAAAAAACUAUGAAACUAUAGUGACUUCAUAAUUCUGUUGACUUGAAAGCUCGCGUUAUUCUUGAGAUUCGUGCUUGAAGGAAUUUUUUAAUUCUUGGCUUUACAUUCGCAACAUAACUGGUGUCUAUUUUUCAUCGUGUAUAUGUGCAGUUCAAUACAACGUAUACACCGAAUUUAGUUGACCUUUUUAUUAAGAUAAAUAUAUUAAUUGAAGAAAAGGUACCGAUACAGAAAGUGAGAUUGUGUUUAUUUUAAAAACACAGAAAAUAAGUAACUUUAAAUAGAAUUAUAUUGGUACGUUGAGUUUUUCUGUUUUCUAUUCAUCGAAAGUACUUCUGUUGUAGUCUUUUCGACUUUAGUAUGGAAAAGGUGUGUGCCUGCGAAGCAUUGUUAUUUAACUCUCGGUAUACCAUCUUAUUAAUUAAUAAAUCAAAGAAUUUUAAAAAAUUGUUUUUAUUCUUUAAAAAAUUUCUAGAAAAGAAUAAAAUUUAGAAAAUACAGAAUAUCCUCUUACACCACAAAAUUAUUCCAAAAGGAAAUUCCAAUACUGAAAUUGGUACACCGAGAAUUAAUUACUGAACGUUACAUCUGUAAUCAUAAUUAAAUAAUUACACAUGUGGCGUUCUAAAUCAGGUCAUACUAAAGAUAUAGUAUUGCAAUGUGACUUUCGCUUAAGCAGGACUAUCUUUGUAAAGACGCACCGGUAAACUUAGACAUUACAAAACUAUGUGAACUGCGACAGUCAGCGCUAUAUUAGCGCUUUGUACUAUGUUUCCGGCGAAAGUUACGAGCGAUGAUUUUGACGGAUACAAACGCCUGCGUUGCCGUUAUCAAGCGUACGUUCAGUAUGUUGGAAAAUGUGAUAACCGCUUCGUAAAUAUGUUGGAAAAGGAUAAACCGCUGGACUAUAUAUCCGGCGGAAAAUCUUACAAGUCAGCUGCUUGUUCUGUUGCCAUUAAACGCAGUCGUUCGAUCUGGACGUGCGAGACGAAUAAAAGUACUAGCGAUUCGUGUGUGUUAAUCGAUCGAAUCAAUGUGAAACGCUUGCUAAGAUAGACAGGAUUCAUUUUUUAUAUGAAGAAACUAAAUUCUUUCAGAGGACUUUGUAUAUACACGCUCUUGUGUCACAAUGGAGAACGGAAUAUACAAUAUGCAAGUUA